GUACUCCCGGCGUUGGGAAGACCACACUUGGAAAGGAACUUGCAUCAAGAGCUGGGAUGACCUACGUUAAUGUGGGUGACAUGGCAAAAGAAGGAGAACUGUAUGAAGGUUUUGAUGAGGAAUAUGAUUGUCCGAUUUUGGAUGAAGACAGGGUGAUUGAUGAACUAGAAGAUAAAAUGAGCGAAGGUGGAGUUAUUGUUGAUUACCAUGGCUGUGAUUUUUUCCCUGAACGGUGGUUUCAUAUAGUGUUUGUACUUCGUACAGAUAAUUCAUUUCUGUAUGACAGACUUGAAAGCAGGGGCUACAAAGGAAAAAAGCUGCAAGAUAACAUUCAGUGUGAAAUAUUUCAGACACUUUAUGAGGAAGCUAUGUUGUCAUACAGAAAGGAAAUUGUACACCAGUUACCCAGCAACACUCCAGAAGACCUAGAGAGAAAUUUGGAUCAGAUUAUGCAAUGGAUUGAGCAAUGGAUGAAGGACAACAAUUGA